UUUUAAUGUCAAACGGUCAAAUUCCCCUACAGUUUUACCAUUGCAUAUCUCAACAAACGCUGGUACCGUGGUACUUUUAGUUUAGUGUAGACAGCAUCUGAAUCAGCUAUAAGCGCCUAUGAUGCCCAAAAAUGCUGUCUAGGUAGGACGCGAACUGGGUUUUGAUUAAAAGAGGAUUUUUUGGGCAUUAAGUUGAGCUCUGUCAGGGAAACAGGCGUGAGGUGGACUCGGGUCACCGACUCGGAUGUUUAUAGAUGAUUAUUUUUCUGCAUCAAGUGCAAAUCACGUGAGAUGAAUGUGCAAUGACAGCGUCCCGACACCGAGCGGUCUCGCGCAGUUCUCGAGGAACGGACUCGCGCUCACAUUGCUUCAUGUAAUCGAGCACUUCGUCACGCGUUUUCUUUCUUUUUGUUUUGCUUUUUUGGUUUGUUUCCCAGCGAUGGCUUGGCCGUGCAUUACCAGAGUCUGCUGCUUGGCACGGUUCUGGAACCAGUUCGAUAAAUCGGAUUUGUCGGUUCCGCUAACGAUCCAGAACUACUCUGACAUCUCGGAGCAGGAGGUGCGAUCCGUCACCAAACUCGUUUCCACGGAACGGGCGCCGAGCGUCGACUUCGUAACGCCGGAUCACGCUGCGGGGGUCCGGCGGCCGCACCGGGGACGCACGGAACCGAGUUACAAACCCCGCGAGGACUACCAUCCCCCGGGUGUGCCUUUCCCGAGCGUCACCCAGUACAAACAGGAUUACAAACCCUGGCCCAUCCCGAAGAAGGAUAACUUUCCCUGGAUUAGUAACGGAGGGAAAGGCGGCACUUCAACGGACAGCCAGGUGAACGGUUACUCGAACGGCACGAGUCAGCCGCGGGCGGGCGGCGGGAGGCAGAGGGGAGAUCAGCUCAGCUCAUACAGGAAGGAGUACCAGCCAUGGUCUGGAGCCCGGCCGUCAAAGCCUGCCCACAAACGGCCCACCUUCCUGGGUAAAGGUGCUGACGAGCCCCCACCGGAGACCAGCUACCAGGCGGCUUUCAGCCCGGACACACACAGACACACGGACGCCGGCGUACCGGAGAUCAACACACACACGCAGACAGAGAGAGCGCACACACACAGGACUGACAUCGGCAUGAAACCAGAGGAGCAGAAGACUAAGCUGUCACCAAACCCAUCUGCCGUCUUUCAAAGCAAAUCCAGGAUCUUCAACAUAUGAUCCAUCAACAUCCACAUUCACGUCUGAUUCAGCCGUUCACUAGAAGAGGAGACCGUUUUACAAAAGAACCGUCGAGAGACAUCUGAAUGUUGAGAAACUGGAGAUAAUCUGAGAGACUAGGAUCGUCAGAGAAGAAUGCCCAAGGAUAAAUAGAGAUGCUUUCAAUGCAAAAGCUUGCGCAAAAGGCAAAAAUCAGUAAAAUGGAAUUAUCUACAUCAUUCCAAUGAUGAAAUUACAGAAACAGAGGAAGGUUGCUGGAAAUUUACACAACGUAAAAUCUAUGCAAGAGAACGUGUGCUUCAAAUGUCAACCAUCUACUAGAAGGAUGUGUUUGUAAUACAGGUUUAAGAGUGAUAAAAAGAGCGUGUGUGUGUGUGUGUGUGAUUGGGAAAGUUUUCAGGCCUCAAUUUCUGCUGACCUUACCCUAUCCCAGCUGAAUGAAUAUCUGCAUGUUUCAUAAUCGUUGAAUAUGCAACAUUUAAAAAAAAAAAAAAAAAAAAAAAAAAAAGGAACAAAAUGUAUUCUGGUAACUGUCUGGGUGUGUGUGUCUCUUGUACAAGCCUAGUUAAUGACAUGAUUUUGUAUAUAGUGAUGUUGGUCUGCCUUUAUUGAUCUGUUAAUGUCUGCCUGAGGACUCCGGGUGCUUCGCCAUUUUCUCGACCCAGACCCCGCUAGCCCUUUAUGAACCUAUAUAAAUAUUAGAGCAUUAUGAAUCUGUCACUUUCACUCAGUUGGAGGCUGUCCAAGAUUUUGUAAAUUUGGUUUAGAGAUAAAUGGGGAAAAUACUUAAAACUGUUUAAAUAAAAAUGACAUUGUUUAAA